AUGGCAGUGCCCUGGGAGGAAUAUUUCCAACUGGCCUUGCAAGAGAAACUGUCUACGAAGAUCCCGGAGCAGAAUGCGGACCACGUCCCGCCGCUGCUGCGUCUCUUGGAGAAGAGGCAGGAGCUGGUGGAUGCGGACCAGGGCCUUCAGGCCCAGAAGGAGGUGUUCCAGACCACGAAGGCAUCCCUGAAACAACGGUGGGAACAACUGGAACAGAAAGAGCAGGACCUAAAGGGGUCCUUUAUCCGCUUUGAGAAGUUUUUGCAGGACGCCGAGGCCCGGCGCAGCCGCGCACUGCGGAGGGCGGCGGAGGAGCGGCACCUGGCGGGCCGCCAGGAGGCGGAGGCGCUGCGGCUUCGAGCUCAGCUGGAGGAGCUGCGGCGGGAGCGCGCGCGGUUGCAACGCCGGCUGCAGCGCCUGGAGCCCUGUGCGCGCCUGCUGGGGCAGGUACUGGAGCAGAUGCCGGAGUUCCAAGAGGUCCCCGAGCUGGUGGCGCGCUUCGACGGCCUGGCCGACACGCUGGCGGCGCUGAGGCUCACCGAGCGCCAGAGGCUCGCCGAGCUGGAGGAGGCGCGCGCGCGGCUGCGGCGGCUGCGGGACACCUGGCAGGACGAGCUGCUUCGGCAGAGCCAGCGGCGAGCGCAGCUGCUGGAGCAACUGGAGGCGGCGCGGGAGCGCACGCUGCACUGGGAAUCCAAGUGGAUUCAGAUCCAGAACACAGCGGCUGAGAAGACCCUGCUCCUGGGACGUACCAGAAUGGCGGCGCUCAACCUGUUCCAGCUAGUGUGCCAGCAGCAGAGGCGGCCACCUGCCCUGGACAUCGAGGACACCGAGGGGCAGCUAGAGCAGGUGAAGCUGUUCAUCCUGGACCUCUCUGCCGUGCUGGCCAGCCUCCAUCAGGCCGAGCCUGCUGCCCCCGCCUUCUAACCCAGACCCAGUCCCAGCUGCAAGCCUGUCCUGGUGGGAGGAAGGAGACUGCCAGCUUCGGGGCGCUCCCACCUCAGCAACCGACCCAUCCUCUGAGCCUGAGUUUCCUCAUCUGCAAAAUGGAGACACGAGCAGAACCCACACAGGACUUGCCCACACACUCUCGGCUCACCUGCACACAGGCUGGGAUUCUGCGACCCG